CUUCGCGCUCUAUCUAUCGCCUCAGAACAUGUUUUGGGUCGUCGUCCGGGUGUCUUAAAAUUAGGACAGCCAGGCCGAGUCCCGCUACUCGAAGAGCGAAUGCAUCAAGCUGGAUGGUGUCCCUUUACUACUUUUCAACUCUCAAACAACUUCCCGGAAGACACACAGGCCUAUGCUUUUGCUCUAGGGACCAUAAGAACGUCGCAGAACCAUGAAAAAUGCACGUUCCAAUCGUGUACAGCAAGUCAAUAUAUACCAGGCAUUGAUAUCUCGCAUACAAGAGAAGGAUGUGAAUGCGAAGUACUCGAAGCACCGACAGUGCAGAUUGUUGACUGUCUGCAACGGGGGAGGAUUCCGUUUCUGAGGAUUGCCAAUGAGAACGGACGACCGUUCAUCGACAUUCACGAUGACGACGGAAUGGCCGACACACAAUACAUAGCCAUUUCACAUGUCUGGGCAGACGGAAUUGGAACGUCUACGUCGAACUGUAUCGCUACCUGCCAAGCGAUGGAGCUGGCAGAGAGCAUAGAACUUAUAUCGAACGAGUCCAACUUACCAUUUUGGCUGGACACUCUCUGCAUACCGGCGCAACCACAACGUCAGAAUCUACGAGACUUUUCGGUCCAGAAGAUGCACGAGAUCUACAGCUCUGCUCAUGGCGUGCUCAUCCUGGACGCUGACCUAAAACGCCUGCCAUCGAACGCAAGCUACGCUGAAAUCAUGACCCGAUUCUCAAUCAGUGCCUGGUAUGCACGUCUAUGGACUUAUCAUGAAAGCGCCCUUGCCCCUCGCCACUACGUUCGGGGCCAAGAUAUUGUAUUUGAGCUCGAGGGCCUCCAGCAGCGCGUGCUAGAGGGCGAAUUCCAAGAUUCAAUCGCGCACUCUCUAAAUCUGUUCGCCGCCGCCUCCUUCAGGGUCUUAUUCCGAGACCCUUCCGAUACAAAAACGUCCAAUAGUGAUCUAGAAAUGCAGAAUCUGAUGACCACAGCCAGCAAACGUACGAUGAGCCGACCCGAAGACGAAACCGUCUGCAUUGCCAUCCAUCUCAGUCUAGACGUUGGGCCCUUGCUGAAGUCACCGUCUGGGCGAAGGAUGGAAACCCUCCUCUCAUUACUCCCAGCCAUCCCAGCAAACGUCCUCUGGGGCUCCGGUCCACGGCUAGUCGCCAAAGGCUUCCGAUGGGCGCCUGCGAGUUUCCUGCAACCACACGGCAUGGUCCCGUUGCCAGUGCCAGACCUUAUACCUGCAUCGCCAGCCAACCUACAUACCGAGAUGAUACCCCGACCGUUAAGCUACCUGCAUCCUACUGGGAAAGGCCUCAUGACCUUCCUACCCGCAAUAUCCAUUAGCAACCUCGACUUCUCAAUGCAAAGAUUCCUCGUUGACGUCGGCGAAGGCGAGGUAUACCGCCUAGGGUUUUUCCUGCGGGAGGAAGGACGUACGCGAGGGCAAGGGCGGCCUAGAUCCGUGUCCUUUGUCAAACGCUCGUUCGUGGUUCUGCUAGCGCUGUUCUUCCACGACGAGUACCGCGGUUUUGAUGUUAAGCAAAAGGGGAUACUGGCUGAAGUAGUGGGUAAGACCAAGGACCCGGCUGUGAAGAGCAAGCGGUUCAGCUUCAAGCAAGUGGCGCAAUUGGAGUACCGAGAGCCCAUGUGGGUGGAGAGGACGAGUCGGACGGGGGAUUUUGGGGGUGGGGAUGAGGGCAAGGCGUGGAUUAGCGGGGAGCAUGUGGAGCCGAAAUGGUGGCUGAUUGAUUAGCUCGAGGAGGAGUUUGAUAGUAUUAUAUUCCAUCAAGUCUAAAGAUAAUCGAUGUAGUGGACUAGGUCGAUCUCUCCCUAGGUGCUUAGUGAGGGCCUCCACAUCCUUGACGCUCAUCACAUCAUCUGUACCACCACGUGCAGCCAUCCAUCAGCGUAUGCUGCAGCUCGGAGUAGGUCGUGCACAUUCGCGCUCAGUGGCACCGCAGCCCCGUGUAGGACUGGCUGCGCCAACAUCGGUCUACGCGUACUCUGAAACAGGGUCGGCAGGAUGGACUUGAGAGCCGUUCCGAGGGUUUGAGCCU